AUGUUACCUACACGAAAGGGCCGCAGUGGUCAUUCCGAGUCAAGUUGGCUGCUUCUUCCCAGGUUCUACGUGUACGUCGGUGUUUUGGCCAUCUUUAUGGUAGGAGCGCUUUUUGGUGCGGGCUACUACCAGAUGAGCGGUGGUCACAGCGUCAUGACACACUUUGCGUCUCCAAAAUCGACGGUGCUGGUCACUGGUGGCCUUGGUUUCAUUGGAAGUCACGUGGUGGAAGACCUUAUGGCCAAUAAUUUUGAGGUGGUUGUCUAUGACGACAUGAGCAAUGGCAAGAACUUCAAUCGUGGCACAGCAGCUGUAUUGAUCAAGGACAUUACAGUGGUGGACGACUUUUCCUUCAUCAUCCACAAGAUUGACUACGUGGUGCAUCUAGCUGCUGCGAUUUCAGUAGAAGAGAGCACUCGUCUUCCUGAAAAGUACGAGCGUAUUAAUGUCGAAGGGUCGCGCAAAGUGCUCGAAUGGGCUGCUAAGAACGGUGUCAAACGUGUUGUUGCCGCGUCUUCUGCUGCCACGUAUGGCAUCCCGCUGCCUGAGAACUUGCCUUUGAGUGAAGAGGUUGCCACCGGUGGCAUUUGUGCCUACGCUACUACCAAGUUUCGGAUGGAGAAGCUGAUGCAGAAAUAUAACAAAGACUACGGUCUUCCGUCGACAGCGCUGCGUUUUUUUAAUGUAUUUGGGCCGCGCCAAGACCCGCACUCAUCGUACAGUGGCGUUGUCUCCUGGUUCAUGGAGCAAGCAAAGAUCAAUGGCACGUUGAAGGUGACCGGAGACGGCGAGCAAUACCGCGACUUUGUGUACGUGAAGGAUGUCGCACGUGCCAUUCGCAUUGCGAUGCUCAUGGAAGACGAUGAAUUCGACGUGUUUAACGUGUGCACGGGCACCAAGUCCUCUAUUAAAUCGAUUGCAGAGCAAAUUGUGGAGAAGUUUGAAUCUUCUGCUGCUAUUGCGCAUGUUCCGGUCCGCUCUGGCGACGUAAAGGAGUCGGUAUGCUCACCUGUGAAGGCAACUAACAAGCUAGGAUUCACGGCAUUAUACGACUUUUCGGAUGGAAUUGGUGAAACGCGCGACUGGUUCUUGUCACAAUAA